UUUACGCAAAGAGAAAGCACCACUACUGGUCACAAGCAAAACCCUAAACCCCUCUCUCUCUCUCUCUUUCUCUCUCUCUCUCUCUCUCUCGUGCGAUUGACUCCGAACGACUGAGGCUUGGAAGAUGGCGUCUGAUGUGCAAGAAGCUGAGGAGCAACAACCGCCAUCCCAGAAGAUACAAAUAUUCCCUACCACUACCAAUGUUAUCUCCCCCUUCUGGAGAGAGAAAUAUGAAAGAGAAGCUAAGAAGUAUUGGGAUAUCUUUUACAAACGGCAUCAAGAUAGAUUUUUCAAAGAUCGGCACUACUUGGACAAGGAAUGGGGCCACCAUUUCUCUGGAUCAGCAGGAAAAGUAAUUCUGGAGGUUGGCUGUGGAGCUGGAAACACUAUAUUUCCCUUGCUCGCUACAUAUCCAGAUGUGUUUGUUUAUGCAUGUGAUUUCUCACCACGUGCUGUUAACUUGGUUAAGAUGCAUAAAGACUUCAAAGAAUCCCGAGUGAGUGCAUUUGCUUGUGAUUUGACAGUUGAUGAUCUGAGCAAGCAGAUUUCUACAUCUUCGAUUGAUAUAGUAACCAUGAUUUUUGUGCUAUCUGCAGUCUCCCCGGAGAAGAUGCCUUUAGUGUUGCAGAACAUUAGAAAAGUUCUCAAGCCAAAUGGUUAUGUGCUGUUUCGUGAUUAUGCUACUGGUGACCUCGCUCAGGAAAGGUUUACUUCCAAGGAUCAACAGAUUAGUGAAAACUUUUAUGUCAGGGGUGAUGGCACUCGAGCUUUCUAUUUUUCCAAUAUGUUCUUGACAAGUUUAUUUGAAGAAAAUGGAUUUGUUGUUGAAGAACUUGGUUUGUGCUGCAAACAAGUUGAGAACCGCUUGAGGGAGUUGGUAAUGAAUCGGCGUUGGAUUCAAGCUGUUUUCCGCCUUUCAGAUGAUUUAAAUUCUUCUUCCAGUAUGGAAGCUGCACUUAAGAAAGAAUUUCCUGGUCAAGAGUAUAUUCACCCUAAAGUUGAGGAGAUCACAGUUAUGGGGCUUGUAGAUAAUUCUGAGGUUGACAUAUCUGAGGGUGUGGCAGUUGAUAUGUUUGGAAUUUCACCUUCAAAUGAUAAUGAGAUUAUUGAGGUCAACCUUAGAGGAUCUAACUACAAGAUUAAAGUACUGUCCAAAGAGUAUCAACACACGUGCAAAUCAACUGGCUUGAUGCUGUGGGAAUCAGCUCGUUUGAUGGCUUCUGUACUAGCAGGAAAUCCUACUGUUGUUGCUGGGAAAAGGGUGUUAGAGUUGGGGUGUGGCUGUGGAGGCAUCUGCUCUAUGAUUGCCGUUGGAUCUGCAGACCUAGUAGUUGCCACUGAUGGCGAUACAAAUGCUCUUGACAUGUUGACCCAAAAUAUCACUUCAAAUAUUAAGCCACCAUUUCUUUCCAAACUGAUCACGAAGAGACUACAGUGGGGGAACAGGGACCACAUAGAAGCCAUCAAAGAAAUAAAUAAUGGAGGUUUUGAUGUGAUCAUUGGCACAGAUGUGACUUAUAUUCCUGAAGCUAUUUUGCCCUUGUUUGCAACUGCAAAGGAAUUGAUUUCAUCGAAAGGAGCAUUAAUUCUUUGCCAUGUCUUGCGCCGAGUAGAUGAGCCAUCUAUACUUUCAGCCGCGUUCAAAUUUGGUUUUAGGCUGGUUGAUCAGUGGCCUGCAGGAACUCCAAAUGAUCCAUCUAAUAGCAUUAUAGGUUCUUGGUUCUCGGAGAAUGUUUCCGAGCAUAUUCCAACUACGGCGUUGAAUAUAAUGUACUUCCUAACAGAGUGAAGUCAUCGGGGAUUCAUGGGGCUUCUAAUUCUAUGAAGUAAUUUGUCUGUUAUCAUAAGGAAUAAGGGUUUUCCAUUUCCCUGGAACAUGAGUUUAUUCAUAUUAUUUUCCCAUUUCAUUUCCCUAUGAAUUCGUACUAGUAAGAGAAGUAUGAAUACUAUGUAUCGCUGUUGUAGUUUGACCUUCUGGAUUUUGUGCUGGAAUUUGCUCGAGUGACUGUUAUUCCAA